CGGCGGCGAAGCACAAUAACGCGUUUACCAGAGGGGAGAAAAUAAUAAGAUAUCGGCCUUGAUUGACAAUUUGGCUGGAAGAUGGAUGCCACCAGGAAACCAACGACGUGCACCUCCAAAACGCUGGAAGGGGGAAAAGCUUCCCAUCUCUGUUAAUACCCGCUGAAAGUUGAGGUCUUUCCUCGUGGCCCAUCCCAAGGUCAGGCGAGGCGGUGAUGUUUGCCUUUUUUCCGAGGGGCACCGGAACGCACCGCGAGGUGAUGUGGCCCCAGCAUCUGCUCGACUGCCCGCAGCUGCCGCCGCGCGAUGGAUUCUAACAACCAGGAGACUCAGGCGGGCCGUGGAAGGAGACGCGCUCCCGCUGUGGACGACGACGCGGAUGAAUAUUUAAUCGGCCUCCAGCACAAAAACAGGAUCCUGAAUCGACUCAAAUCCAAAGGCCCCAGAGAGAUUGAGCUGGAAAGACUAGAACAAGGCUUCUCCAUUUAUUUCAACGGCGCCAAUGCUGAAUCUUGCAAGAAGCAGGACAAGAGCGCCAACCGCAAGCCUGUCACCGCCGCGUCCGUUUGGAGGGCUGCCUGCACAGCCGAUGUCUGUAGAAGCGCCCACCAGCUAAGUGAAGAUUUGGAGGCCGGCCACAAGCGGAGGAGCCGCACUGCCCCCGGAAAGGUCCAGAGGAAGGAAUGGACGCAGGAUCCCGUCAUAAUCCGAACAGAAGAUGGACCAAGUUUGAAGAUCUGCCCGCACGAGCGCUACUCCGAUGAUUUUGAGCCUUAUGUAAGCGUAGACAUGGAGAGCUGCAGCCCACGCUCGCCUCGCGCUCUCUGCCCCCCGAGGGACACCUGCAUGUUUUCGCGCUCCUUCGGCACCAGGCCCGACAGCCCGGCGGGACAAGCGAGCCAGGAGCUCGGCGACAAGGUGCUUCUCAAUCUCGAAGACGUGAAGGUUCUGAGGCGCAGCCUGGAGAACAGCAUGCGGCGGAGCAGCCGCGGCUCCGCGGGGGAGGAGUCGGACGACGAGUGGGUGGAGGAGCAAAUCGAGCGCGGCGAGAGCACGGAGAGCCUCGACGAGCUGGGACUUCCCGUCUCCAACUCAAAAUCGUCCUCCAGCCCUCAGCCCGGCGGUUCGCGUUGCCAUUUUGACCCGGCCGACCUCAUCGUCCUCGACUUUGGGCCGGCGCCCAAAGGUCGUAAGCUCCAGCGUUCCUUGUCUGCAAAGAGGAAGGAUAACAGUGACAAGCCGGUGCUGGUGAAGAGCAAAACAUUAGAUGUGCCGCCUUCGAAAGACAGCUGGGGUAGCCCGAGGCCAGCAAGUCAGGCGGAGAGACGCCUGUCGGCAGCCAGGAGGGCGUUCACCGAGGAGCAAGACCGGGACGAGGUCGCCCGCGGGGUGUGCCAGGCCAUCCAGAGAGAAAACACGAGUUCCGAGCUCUUCGCUCGCAACACGGGCAGAGGGCAGCCGACGACGAACGGCUUAGUGCAUCGCCAAAGCAGCAGCAGCAGCAGCAGCGGCGGCGGCAAAGAGGAGUGCGGCGUCACGGCGGCCAUGCAGAGAAUCACGUUCAUGGGAGCCAGGGAGCAGCACAAACUGCUGAAAGCGUUGGAGGAGCUGGAAGCUGCGCCCAGCUUCGACGUUCCUCAGGGCGUCAAAACGGACUGCGGCAAGACCCCGCUGAGGCGGUCGUCCGAGGUCCCCCCCGCUUUGUACGUCACCAUGGAGAUCCUGUCCAACUGGGGCCACGAGCUGCACGUGGGCCUGACUGAGCUGCAGUUUUUCGGGCCCGGGAACAAGAGGCUGCACGUGUCGCCGCACGACCUCGACAUCAGGAACGCCGACCAUCCCGGGAAUCUGGCGGCGCUCGUCAACGGCAAGGCGAAGACCACCAAGGAGCGCCACAUGUGGACGUGCCGCUUCCACCCCCCCAUCCAGCUCUAUUUCAUCAUCCGCAACACGGAGCGCGCCGCAGACUUCGGGAUCUCCCGCAUCAAAAUCUGGAACUACAACCGAUGCCUUAACGAACUUGACUUCGGUGCACGUCAUGUCAAGCUGUACGUGAACAGCACGCUCGUGUUUGAGGGCGAGCUCGAGAGAGGCUGCGGCAGCCAGAUCUUCGACUACAGCACCACCGUUGAGCUCGAGGACUUCCAGGCUUCAGAUUCUUUGUUUUCCAGCCCUCCGUCGUCCGGAUACAACCUCCGGCGCCACGAUGACGGCGGCACGCACCGGCAUCUGAGUUCCGCUCUCCUGCCGCCGGACGCGUCAAGCCAGGGUACGAUGGACGCUCAGGAGAGCUCCCACGCCCCACUUCCUCCCAUCUCCGCUCGGCGCACCCCCGCGCAGAAGAACUCGUUUGACGAGCCCCCACCCGUGGCGCAGACCGUCACCAUGCAGCCGUCCUCCUCGCGGAUGACCCCGCAGUGGCUGCAGCCCCUCAAGAGGGCCGCCCCGGAGGGCUGCGAGGCCGGCAGGGAGAGGCCGCGCUGGCUGGUUCCCCACCAGCCCCCGCCGGAGCCCAAACCGCCGUCCUCGGCCUCGUCGUCGUCGUCGUCGUUGCUCCCGGAGCUGCCGUGCAACCCCGCCCGGGUGUGCAGGGGAGGGGAGAGGGCGAGCAACGGGGCCCAGUGGAAGGCCGACUCUCUGGAUUUGAACUGCGACCUGCCGGAUGAGCUCGGAGAGCAAAAGCACGAGCGGCCGUUCAGCGGGCGGAGGAGCUCCUUGAGAAGCAGGCAGACGGAGGAGCAACACGGGAAGCCGAACCGAGAGGCAACGAUGUCGGCCAACGCCGGGAGGAGGCAGCGGUCCCCGAGGCCGCUGGGCCACAGCCACCGGGACGACGCCCUCAUGGAAUCGUGGGACUCCCUCACCAAGUUCAACCAGUGCCAACGCGGGCGCCUCUCCAACAUGGGCUUCGAGGGCGACGUCUUCGACGACUUCCGAGAGCAACGCGGCCGCGGGUCCCCCGCGCCGUCCGCCGACGCCGCGUCCACGAGCCCCCCUCGCUCCUCCGCCGCCCCCCGAGGCCUCCCAAGCGAGGGCCUUGAUGCGGAUUUCUUCAUGGAGCAGGAGGAGGACUUUGAGAUCCCGGUGCUCCCCAAGGGUCAAAGGUUGGUCAUCAGCAUUCUGUCCACCUGGGGGGACCGCCACUACGUGGGCCUCAACGGCCUGGAAGUGUUCAGCUCCAGCGGAGAGCCCCUCCGGCCCGCUCACAUCAGCGCGGACCCCCCCGACAUCAACAUACUCCCGGCGUACGGCAAGGACCCCCGCGUGGUCGCCAACUUGACGGACGGCGUCCAUCGCACACAGGACGACAUGCACCUGUGGCUGGCCCCGUUCACGCCCGGCCGGAGCCACACCGUCUUCCUGGACUUCGGCCGCGCCCACCAGAUUGCGAUGAUCCGCGUGUGGAACUACAACAAGUCGCGCAUUCACUCUUUCCGAGGGGCGAAGGAGGUGGAGAUGCUGCUGGACGGGAGGUGCAUCUUCAGGGGCGAGAUCGCCAAAGCUUCCGGGACUCUCUCAGGAGGUCUGGAUCAAUUCGGCGACACGAUCCUGUUCACCACCGACGACGACAUCCUGGAGGCCAUGUCGCGUUUCGACGCGACCUUCCUGGGCGAAAGCGAAGGCUCGGACAAUCCCGUGCACGAGGAGGAGCUGCGCCGACCGCGCACCGCAGACGGAGAGGGCGACGAAAGGCCGUUCACCCAGGCCGGCUUCCGAGAGGACGACCUCGCCUUGAAACUUCACCUCAACGUAACCGUGAGCCAGCUGGAGAACAUGGAGCCGAUUCCUGGGAUGUACACCGGAAAGUGCCUCCGUCUGGAGCUGGCGUCAACGUGGGGCGACUCCCAUUACUUGGGCCUGACGGGGCUGGAGGUGGUCGGGAGGGACGGGGAGGCGUUGCCCCUGCACCCCGGUUUUAUGGACGUUUCACCCGGGGACCCCAACGACCUGCCCGAAUACGAAGACUCGCAGACCCUCGAUAAGCUUAUCGACGGCCACAACAUCACCACGGACGGCCAACGCAUGUGGCUGAUCCCGUUCUCCCACGGAGAGCCUCGCAGCCUGACCGUCGACUUCCCGCAGGCCCAGACCAUCGCUGGGCUGCGCGUCUGGAACUACAACAAGUCCGCGGAGGAUUCGUACCGAGGGGUGAAGGUGAUCCACGUGACGGUGGACGACGUCACCAUCUCCCCCGUUGAAGGCUUCCUGAUCAGGAAAGGACCCGGCAACUGUCACUUCGACUUCGCCCAAGAGAUCCUCUUCUUGGACUACCUCCAGCCGCCGGCAGACGGCAAGAGCGCCGAAGAGUAUCCCAACAAGCGGAGCGCGAAAAAAGCCGAACAAGCGAGCAUGGACUACGAAGCUCCCAUCAUGCCCUGUGGAUUCAUCUUUCAGCUGCAGCUGUUAACCACCUGGGGAGACCCGUACUACAUCGGCCUCAACGGCCUGGAGUUCUACAACCAGAACCAUGACAAGAUCAGCCUCAGCGACAACAACAUCGCUGCUUUCCCAGACAGCGUCAACGUGCUGGACAACGUGAGCGGCGACGUGAGGACUCCCGAUAAAUUAAUAGACGGCUUCAACGCCACGCAGGAUGGGAGGCACAUGUGGCUGGCUCCGGUGCUCCCUGGACUAGUCAACCGCGUUUACGUCAUCUUCGAUCAGCCGGUGACCGUGUCCAUGAUUAAACUGUGGAACUACUCCAAGACCCCACAGAGAGGCGUUAAAGAGUUUGGGCUGCUGGUGGACGACCUCCUGGUGUACAACGGCAUCUUGGACAGCGCCAGGCACACGGGCCGCGGCAUCCUGCCCACGUGCGACGCGCCGGCGCCGUACCACACCAUCCUCUUCACCGACAACGCGUACAUUGCGCACCGCGAGAGGAACACGGUCAUCAGUAAUUACGUGGAAGACCAAGAUGUCAAGAUGACCAACGAGAAUCAGAUCGUCCAUCACAGCAAGAAGCAGGCAGCAGACCCAGCGCUACGGCCGAAAACCUGCAUGACCGACGUUGGGAAACACGGACACCGGAGGUACUGACUGACGACAUGUAUCUCGCGUCACGCCUGCCUGCCGCCGGCUUUUAAUUUUACAAACACGCCGUCCAAGAGCCACGCUGAGGACGACGAGUUCCGCACCGAUCACAACUGGUUUGCUUCGCACACAAACGCACGCAACACUAAAACCGAAGAGUCCGCCGCCCCUUCGGUGCCAGGCUAAAUAAUAACCCGUCUGGCUGCUUUUUGCCGGCCGUAUUAUAUUCCCGUGCCUGUACUCUGCCUGUGCCGUGUAAAUACAUCAAUAUGACAAAACAGCCAGUCCAGUUUGACGGACAUUUUCUACGUCCCGUGUUGGUUCCCACGAUUUUAAUCCCAACAAACCGAGCCGAGUUCUUUGCCUAACCAAAAUGUAAAAUGCUAUGCACACUUAUCGGUAGCUAGUGGUCGUUUAUAAACGUGGGCUAAUUGUGUCAGAGAACUCUUUGUAUCGAGUUUUCGUACGUACUGAACAAAAAGCUGACGCCGUGCGCCAAAUCCAUG